ACUCGAAAAGCAACUUCCCUCCUACCUGCUGAGGUUUAAAUGAACACAGAUAGCGUUAGUGUUAAUGUCAGCUAGCGAAUGACACUUUGUUUCAGCUUCUUUUAUACUCUUUAGGUUGCCAUGGAGAUCACGGAGCCUGCAAGCAAAAUGCAGUUUGAUCCCAGAGAACACCAGCAUAUGAGGUACAACCCGCUGCGGGAUUCUUGGGUCUUGGUCUCUGCCCAUCGGAUGAAACGGCCAUGGAAAGGCCAGGUGGAGAAGGUGCAGGAGGACAACGUCCCUCGUCAUGACCCCACCAAUCCCCUCUGUCCCAUGAGCACCAGAGCCAAUGGGGAGGUGAAUCCUGAUUAUGACAGCACGUUCCUGUUUGAUAAUGAUUUCCCUGCGCUGCAGCCGGACGCACCAGAUCCUGGGUCAGACCAUCAUCCUUUGUUCCAGACCAAACCUGCAAGAGGUGUUUGUAAGGUCAUGUGUUUCCAUCCGUGGUCUGACAUCACCCUCCCGUUGAUGCAGCCUGAAGAGAUCCGCAAGGUGAUCGACAAGUGGGCGGAGCUAAUUCAGGAGCUGGGUCCCACCUAUCCGUGGGUGCAGAUCUUCGAGAAUAAAGGAGCCAUGAUGGGCUGCUCCAACCCUCAUCCACACUGUCAGGUCUGGGCCAGCAGCUUCCUGCCCAAUGAGCCCAUGCUGGCUGAACGCUGUCAGAGGGAAUACAAACAGAAGCACGGAGAGCCCAUGCUGCUUCAGUACGCCCGCAUGGAGGCCCAGGCACAGGAGCGGGUGGUGGUGCAGAACGACCGUUGGAUUGUUGUGGUGCCGUAUUGGGCCACGUGGCCUUUCCAGACUCUGCUGCUGCCACGCCGACAUGUUUUGCGUCUUCCUGAUCUCACUUCUGAGGAGAGAGACGGUCUUGCAUGCAUAAUGAAAAUGCUUCUGACAAAGUACGACAACCUUUUUGAGGUCUCCUUCCCCUACUCAAUGGGCUGGCAUGGAGCACCAACGGGAAGUCAUCUGGAAGAAGAUAUGAGCCACUGGCAGCUUCACGCGCACUACUACCCUCCUCUACUCCGCUCGGCCACCGUCCGCAAGUUCAUGGUGGGUUAUGAAAUGCUUGCUCAGGAGCAGCGUGACCUUACACCUGAACAGGCUGCUGAGAGAUUACGAGCGCUCUCCGAGGAGCACUACAAGACAAAAGUGAAGGGGCAGCAGAUUUGAAAAUGGAGGUAAAGUGAGUGCUAAAAUAUGGAAGGCACCCUACCGGAAGAUCUGCUGAAAAUCAGACAAUUAUGAUUAUGGUUAAGAAUUUUCAUGCACAUUUGAAUGUAGUGUAAUCGGUUGUGAAGGGAAAUGUGAGACCUCAAUACACUACCAGAGCAGAGCUGCACAAUUAAUCACACAAAAAAGAAAGAUUACAGGUUAUAUGGGUAUAGUCAGAAAUUUAUGUGGGAUUUUCAAUAAUUUAGGUAUUUGGUUAUUUUUUUUAAAAACCUUUUGAGGUGCUAAAUAAAUAUUGGCAAACAUCUUCUUAAUCUUUUGUACCAUUAUUUGCUGUUACUAAAUGGUACAUUUCAUUGUUUCUUAUCGCGGUUUAUAUCGGAAUCACAAUAUGUGUCCAAAUAUUGUUUUCAUUUCAAAUCGUGCAGCUCUAGAGCUCAGAUAAAGGUGUUGAUACAAAACUUGAUGUGACCUCUCUGUGUCUUUAUCUUGCUAAAAUGAAAUAAAUAAUUGAGUCAAAUCAUUUAACAAAAGAAAUGGUUAAGCUUUCCAUGAUAGGUUAAUUGACUAAAGGAUAUUAACAAUUGGUUUUCCUUUUUCACUGUUUUUUUUCUGAUGAGGUUUUUCUGAUGAAGGAUCUCAAAUGGUUAAGGCUCUCAGUUACUGAUCAUAAUGUUGAGGGUUUCAGGUUCUUAACCCUAUCUGCUCCAAGGGUCUGACCAUAGCUUCACGACUGGAAUAUGCGGAAAAAAAAUUCACUGUGCUGUACCAUUUGCUGUUUCUGUCCGAAAAAUUUUUAACUGCUGAAAAAUAUUAUAAUUGCUCAUUAAUGGUCAAUCAAUAAAUAACUACCAAGAGGAGGCUGAAAAUAC